AUGAACCCUCAAAUUUCGGAUACGGCCUACAAAGAUCCAGAUGCAUGUCCAAAACACGGCCACAACCUCGAAUGGCGCACAUGUCUACAAUGCGAUACUAUCAAGCUGUACAAUCAGAACUCAACAAGUUUUAUAGAUCUCGGCGGCAAAUCCAGUCAGGAGUUUAAUCGGCAAUAUUCGGAAGCAAAAGGGCCAGCGAUAGAGAACUUUCCGGCGGAGGAUCCUUAUGAUUCUGACUCAUUUGACGGUCCCAGCAACUACUCCGAGCGUCAUGCUUUGACUCCCAGCGAUGACAUGGGUGUUUUCAAAGAGAAAUUAUCGAAGCCCAGCAAGAGACGCAAUCGUUUGCACAAAAUAGCAAAAACCAAGUCUGGAAGCGCGGAAGGGAAUGUUGAGAGUAACAUAGAAUACCUUCCACUAUCUGAAGAGAUACCUCAGGAGUCUCGAAAUGGAUCAUUCAGAAUUCGAGGCACAAACGAAAAGUCUAGAGCUCGUGAUCGACAUGUCAGUUUCGCAGAAUAG